CGAUAAGCAGCCUUUGUGUUGUAUUACAUAUGUGUUGUUUUUCUUGUGAACAUAGACGAAUUGUUGAUGUAGAUAAGUAGAAACAUCAAAGAAUUAUAAAAAUAAUAAUUUUAAUACAGUCAUAUUACAAGCAUGUCGAACGUAAUGUUUUCAAUAGUAUCCAUUAAAAAGUUCAAUAAUAAUGAGGAAUGCCUCUAGUGUAUUGCAGUGGAAUUGCACGAAGUGCCAUUUUGUCAAUUCAGCAGAAUCCAUAAGGUGUUUCAAUUGCAGUGAAGAACGUCCUAACGAGUAUACUGCAGACGAAGUUUCCUUCGGCCUUGAAAGCUUAAUGCCAAUGCAAAAUAUAAUUGUACAAGAUAAGACACUAUUAGCAGAUAGGUCAGAGUAUAAACAAGUAUACAAAUCAUUAUUAAGAGGAUGUUUAAGAAGACCACAAAGAAAAUUACAAAAACUGUCUGGUAAUUGCGUAGACUGUGAAGAUGCGCGAAAAUAUGUUAAAAACUCAAUAGAAUUAUAUCAUCAUUUUUCAAAUCCGUCACUAAACCGUCGAUGGAUUUGCGAGGAAUGCGAUACAGAUAAUAGUUCUGUUACAUGGCAUUGUAUCAUAUGUGACAGUGUCAGUGGUUUAGCUCCAAUUUAUAAAGAAACUCUAAUUACGAGAAAGCAGUGUUCUAAGUUACCUACCAAUAAUAUUACCCAUAAAAAGCAAUCAUCUAACGAUGUUCAAGACAGUAAUAAGAUUUCAAAGAAGCACUCAAAACAACUAAAAUGCUUCCGAAGAACACAAAGUCUUACCACAGAAAAGUUUUUUUCAUGCCGCAGCUGCCAUAUAUGUUUUGUGAACAACCGAAAGGAUAUUUUUAAUAUACCUGAAAACUUCAUGCAAAAAAGUAAUGGAUCUAUUUUAAAAAAAAUUUUUGGAGAUGUCAAAAGUUCGCUAAAGUGCAGAGAUCCUGAUAGUAAAGAUGGCGAUGAAAAAAACACAAAAAGUAAAGAUUCCAUAAACUUGUUACAAAGAAAAAAAAACGAAACGGAAUGCAAUUUUACAUUAACAACAACGUUAUCACAAGCAUCAAAAACUGAAUCCAAUUCUCGGAACUUAAAUGAAUCACCCAACAAUGUAUGCAUUGCAGAGAAUGAUUGGGCAAAUGAAUUAAAUAUUCAUAACCCUGGUUCUGUUCAGAAUUUAAAAAAUAGUCAAAAUUUUAAUCAACAGCAUCGUGAUAAAAUUAAUCCUCCGAUUCCAACAGAAGAAUCUAUAGAUAAUCUAAACGUUACAGCGGAGUUGACGACGUUAAAUAAAUCAAGAGAAAUUUCUUCGCAUGAAGAUCAUAUAUAUGAAAAUGAUUUAGUUGGUAAAAAAAAAUCAAGAGUAAAAGCAGUUAAUCCGAUUGCAUCAAAUAAUCAGUGGAUAGAUGAAACAAAUGACCAGCCCAUUUAUGCAAUCGUGAAUAAAAAGGAUAAAUUAAAAAACAAAUCAAAUGAAGUCUUAAAUGUUCCGAAUGAAGAACAGAAGUCAUUAAUUUGUUUCUCUAACAACAACAUUGACUGUGAUUCGCAUAAAUUAAAAUUUAGUGCAGAAUUUAAAAAAACUGAUAAUAUGAGCGAAGCUAUUCCAUCAAAGACUAAUGUAAAUAGUUUAUAUUCAACAAUCGAUUUAUGUAAAUCAGAUGCGGGCAAAUUGGAAACUGUGAAUUCUUUCAUUCCAUUGGGCACAAAUGCUACAGAUGAAAUUAAUGAUGAACAUUUUAUCUAUGCUAAAGUAUGGAAAGGUCCAAAAAAAACAAGUGAAUCAAAAAUAUUUAGCAGAGAUAACUCUCGUACUGACAAUAAUUCUACAUCAAAUUCCCGUAGAAUGUGGACAUGUACAAAAUGUUCCUAUGCGUAUAAUCGUAUAUGGAUUGAACAUUGUGAAAUAUGUGAGUCCAAUCGAAAUACACCUUCAUUAACUCAGCCAAGUUUGAUAACGCUAACAAAAACUUUAAGCACAACAAAAUCUUACGAAAACGAAAUUGUUGAUAAUUUUUGGACAUGUAAGAAAUGCACUUUAGUGAAUUCCGAUACAGAAAUAGCAUGUAUUGUUUGUGGUGGAUCUAAACUUAAAAGCAUAUCUUCAAUUAAAGAUAUGACGUUGCGAAAGGGAGAGUUCUGGAGUUGUAGUCAUUGUACUUUAAAAAACUCUAUUUCUUUAGGAGAAUGUGUUGCUUGUAAAGCUAUUCGCAUGUUAUCAAUAGAAAAUGAAAAAGAACAAUCAACAGAUAACACUUUUGAAGCUCAGAGUUCUUUUGAAGUUGCUGAAAUGUCCAAUUCUACCCAGCAUACUGCCAAAUACACUAAUUUACAAAUACCACCAAAAAAAGCUUCUCGUAGUCCUUCACCUAGGCAAUGUCGAUCUUCUAGCGGUGCUGUUCCAAAGAGACAUAGUAGUUCUACUACAGUUGUUGAUCGCGAAAUAAAUUCUAGUGCAAGAUCUUUUUCUGCUCAAUCAAGUAAUGUUAAUAACGAACCGAACAUCACCAACAAAUAUGCUGUAAAAAGAUGGCAAUGUCCUGCUUGUACCUUUGAAAAUUGUUCUGCUUCAGUUGUUUGUGAUAUUUGUUCUAGUCCACGUGGUUUAGUGUCUAAUCAGUCUGAAAAUCUUUUACAAAAAACCAAUCAAAUUUGUUUAGACAUUGUGCAAGAAAGUAAAUUAAUGGAAAACUUACGGCAUAUAGAAGAAACUGAAGCUCUUAAUAAAUGGAAAAAUAUUAUUCAAUAUUGUAGCGAUAACAAUGAAUUAUUUGUUGAUGAUUCAUUUCCACCGGCGCCUAAAAGUUUAUAUUAUAAUCCAACAAGUAAUAUGUCUGAAGGCAAUCCAGUCGUUUUAUGGCGACGUCCAAGUGAAAUUAAUUGCGAUGGUGGACCGUUUCCACCAUGGGUGGUAUUUCGAACCCCACUUCCUUCAGAUAUUUGUCAAGGUGUGCUUGGAAAUUGUUGGUUAUUAAGCGCAUUAGCUGUGCUAGCAGAACGAGAGGAUCUUGUUAAAGAAGUUUUAGUAACAAAAGAAAUUUGCCCUCAAGGAGCUUAUCAAGUUCGUUUGUGCAAAGACGGCAAAUGGACAACAGUAUUAGUAGAUGAUCUAUUACCUUGUGAUAAACGUGGGCACUUGGUGUAUUCACAAGCAAAACGUAAACAACUUUGGGUACCUUUAAUAGAAAAGGCUGUGGCAAAAAUUCAUGGGUGUUAUGAAGCUCUAGUAUCUGGGCGUGCUAUUGAAGGAUUAGCUACACUUACAGGAGCACCAUGUGAGAGUAUUCCGUUACAAGCCAGUUCAUUACCAAUGCCUAGUGAGGAUGAGCUCGAUAAGGACCUAAUUUGGGCACAGUUAUUAAGUUCACGUUGUGUACGCUUUUUAAUGGGAGCUAGUUGUGGUGGUGGGAAUAUGAAAGUCGAUGAAGACGAAUAUCAAAAUAAAGGCCUACGACCACGACACGCCUACUCUGUAUUAGAUGUAAAAGAUAUUCAUGGACAUAGACUAUUAAAGCUUCGUAACCCAUGGGGUCAUUUCUCAUGGCGAGGAGACUGGUCGGACGAUUCUGAUCUCUGGACGAAUGAGUUACGAGAAAUUUUAAUGCCCCAUGGAGCAUCUGAAGGUGUAUUUUGGAUAUCAUUUGAAGAUGUUUUAAACUAUUUUGAUUGCAUUGAUAUAUGUAAAGUGCGUAAAGGUUGGAAUGAAAUACGGUUGCAGGGCACUCUACAACCACUAUGUUCAAUCUCAUGUGUCUUACUUACGGUUUUGGAACCUACUGAAGCUGAAUUUACUUUAUUUCAAGAAGGCCAAAGAAAUUCAGAAAAAUCGCAAAGAUCUCAGCUGGAUUUAUGUGUUGUAAUAUUUCGAACCCGCUCUCCAGUAUCGCCGGAAAUAGGAAAAUUAGUCGAACAUAGCAAACGUCAGGUUCGCGGUUUUGUUGGUUGUCAUAAAAUGCUUGAGCGUGACAUGUAUCUAUUAGUCUGUCUUGCAUUCAACCAUUGGCAUACCGGAAUUGAAGACCCACUACAGUAUCCACAGUGUAUAUUAGCAAUUCAUAGUUCUAAACGUCUUUUGGUAGAGCAAAUUCAUCCGCCCUUACAUAUACUGGCUGAUGCUAUUAUAAACUUAACGCUUACUAAAGGACAGCGACAUGAAGGAAGAGAAGGAAUGACUGCUUACUACCUUACAAAAGGGUGGGCUGGACUGGUAGUGAUGGUGGAAAAUCGUCAUGAAAAUAAAUGGAUUCACGUGAAAUGUGACUGCCAUGAAAGUUACAAUGUAGUUUCUACAAGAGGAGAACUAAAGACUGUUGAUUCAGUUCCUCCAUUACAAAGGCAAGUUAUAAUUGUACUAACACAAUUAGAAGGAAGUGGCGGGUUUAGCAUUGCUCAUCGCUUAACACAUCGCCUAGCUAAUUCGCGUGGUCUUCAUGAUUGGGGACCCUUUGGAGCUACUCAUUGCCCGCCUAUUGAAAAUGUUCAUGGUUUGCAUGCUCCACGAUUGAUUACAUAAAUCAAGUAUUCUGGUCAAAGUUUAGAAAUACACAUAUGCUUGUUUCACUAACAUUUGUAUUUAAACUUUAAUAAAAUGAAUGUACACUUUUAAAAAACUCUAA